AUGCUCGGGGAGCCAUCAUGUCGUUCGAUGUCCGGGGAGCCGUCAGAUCAUUGGAUGAUCGGGUCCUCAUCCUCCAAGGUACCUUUACUUCGCGAAUUCCAAGUCAACCUAUUCUCACUCAGCCCCAAACGACCCCCUCCACUGCUUAUCCAAAACAGACGGGACCGACUUGACCUCUUUGACAGCAGACUGAGCCUUGUUCAUCCUGCUACAGAAGUUGAGCAGGUUCAAGAGGAUUCUCAGGACGCCACAAAUACCGUGAAAGGAUGA